AAUAAAUCAAAUGUUCUCAAAAGGAAAGGGCGCCUGUGUCACUGUCAUGCUGAUCCUACUCACACUCGAUAUCCUCUAGACUAUUCAUGUCGAAAGUUAUUCCCUCGCCGCAUCGGUGAGACGUCAUGGUAUCAUGCAGACCAUAGUGUAUACAAUCAUGCUGGACGGAUCUCACCCGUCUCCUAUCUCCUGGAAGAUUCGCUUGAAAUCCGUUCAAACCUUGGUGAUAUUUGACGUGAUUUGGGUCUUUUCGAGCUCUGACUCUCUGCCUCUACUCCGCCUCCCAUUUCAGUCGCUCUCGAUGCGGUUGAGUUGGAUCAAGCGGCAUCACCGAUCCUCCAGAUCAGAUCUCGGAGUACAUGCUCUGCGGGACCCCCCUGUCAUUAUCUCGUUUAUGUUGUUGCUCCAUAUACAUGCCCGUGAGCCUGAGUGCAUUCUGCAUGCUGUUCUGAUUCCUGCGGUCUGUGUCAUCGCGUGUCACAUCAACCGUUUCAUCCUUACAUAUAGUAAGAUGUCGUUACUCCAUAUAUAUGUGGAGUGCAUUCUGCAUUUUGUCCUCGUUCCUGCCGUCUGUGUCAUCGCGUGUCAUCGACCGUUUCGUCCUUACAUAUGGUAGAUAUUGCUGCUCCAUAUAUGUGAUGCAUUCUGUUCUGAUUCCUGCGGUCUGU